AUGGGGUGCGUGAAUAGUACAGAUCAACAUGCAAAGCUGCGAUCGAAGCAUAUCGACGAACAGUUGAAAGCUGAUGGUGAACGUGCAGCUCGUGAAGUGAAGCUACUACUCUUAGGAGCUGGUGAAUCAGGGAAAAGUACCAUCGUUAAACAGAUGAAAAUCAUCCAUGAAACUGGCUACAGCGACGAAGAACGGAAGCAAUAUCGGCCGGUUGUGUUCAGUAAUACUAUACAGGUGACUUUUCUAAUGAUUUUUUACUGUAUAUAUUUGACUUUCUUGGUGUAAUU